AUAAUGAGAGUGACAGGUAUGAACACAAUAUAAAAGAGGCCCAAGUUCUCAAGCUUGUCUCGGUAUGAGAGGAUUGUGUUAGAGCGUGUGUCCCGGCCUGUGCGGAUUUAUACUCGACUCCCAAUAAGUUACUAUGAUGAACCUGGCUCAAUCCUGCCACCUCUUAAUGGCCUUCCUGUUUGUUGUUAAACUAACAGGUGCAUAUGGGAACAGAAUAAUUGGGGGUACAUCGGUAAACCCUUACACCAUCAAAUAUCAAGCCUCCCUCUUGUACAGCAACUCCCAUUUCUGUGGAGGCACCCUCAUCCACCCGCAAUGGGUGGUGUCUGCUGCCCACUGCUGGAGGGCGAGUCACACGAUUAAAGUGGUCCUGAGUCAGCACAGUCUCACAGAGUGGAAUGGAUUGGAGCAGAUAUUCAACGUUUCCUUGAUUGUUAAAAACUCACAGUACAGCUACUGGAUGCUUGACAAUGAUAUCAUGCUGCUUAAGCUGGACCGUCCAGCUAUCAUCAAUACCAUGGUCGAGCCAGCCUCGUUGCCAGACCCGAACUCUCCGCCACUGCAAAACCUGAAUCUUUGCACAGUUAGUGGCUGGGGUGUUACCUGGAUGUACAGCCAGAGUUUAUCCCCCGAACUGAGGUCAGUGGAGGUGGAAUUGUUCACCAGCUGCUGGAAUUACUACCCCUUCAGAAUCACAGACAACAUGAUCUGUGCUGGCUCCAGGAAUGGGGGGAGAGACUCCUGUCAGGGUGAUUCUGGAGGACCUCUUGUUUGUAACGGUAAAUUUGAAGGCAUUGUAUCUUGGGGCAUCGGCUGUGCGAUUUCAUACUACCCUGGUGUCUACACCAAGGUCAGAAACUACAUUGGAUGGAUCAAUCAGGUUAUUGAGAACAGCUAAUAAUAAUCCUUACCACCAGCUAACAGAAAAUUCUACCUUGAUUAAAAAAAAGAAGAAAAAAAAGAAACAAACUCGAAUGGCUCCUUAAGGACCAAAAAUGCUAUGUUUAUCUUUUAUAUUAAUUUUUUUUAUAUAAUCACAGAUAUAUUUGUUAAAGCUAAAUUACCUGGAACCUACACCUGACUGACUUUUAUUCCCACUGACUGAAUAUCACCAUUAUUAUAAAAACUGAAGCAGGUUUUACAAUUCAUUCUGCUAAAAACACUUUUUAUAUGUUACAGUUAUAUUACAGUGUUAUACAGAAAUGAAAACAUUGUCACAGAUUUUGGAUAACAUCCGUUUCAGGGAUUGUUUUUACUCUCUGAAACCUUCUACUCUCCACUGACUCUAAACAUAUAGACCUUAAAUAAACUUUUUCUGAGAAUAACCUGUGUUUUUUCUGUCAUUUGACACACCUAAAACACACCACAAAAAUUCCUCAGAACCCAGUCCAGCAAGUGAGUCACACUUAAGUCAGAGUCUUGCCCAAACCCCG